UUCAGUUCACAGAGUCGGUUCUUAGAGUCGAAUCGUUCGCUGCUGCUACAGUAUCAGUAAGAGGAAGGAUCCGGGUUAAUGUGUUUAAUGGGAAAAGUGCGGCAGUUAAAACCGGAUUAUUAAGCAGAACCGGGGAGCUGGGCUUUACUCCGGGUGUCUUUAUUCGGAUUGUUCUCGAUCUGAGCGGGUAUGGGGUCUGUGUGUGUGGUCAAUCACACUACACUUAACACUGUGGUGCCCUAACCACAUUUAUUCAGAUAGCACCUUGAGUCUUAUUGGACGAGGCAAAAGAACCUGAUUUUUUUUUUUUAUAAAAUGGCGAGUACACUCGCAUCCAAAAUGGGCCUGAAUUCCCUGAGAAGGAGACAAGCCAGGAACUUUAAUGUGAAGAUCGUCACAGUGGAUGCAGACCUGGAGUUCAGCUGUGAGACCAAAUGGAAAGGAAAGGACCUGUUUGAGCUGGUGUGCAGAACCCUCGGACUCAGAGAAACCUGGUUCUUCGGCCUCCAGUACAGCGUAAAGGACACUGUCGCAUGGCUCAAGAUGGACAAGAAGGUCCUGGACCAGGAUGUGCCUAAAGAGGAGCCCAUCAUUUUGAAUUUCCUGGCUAAAUUUUAUCCCGAAAACAUAGAGGAGGAGCUGGUGCAGGACAUCACCCAACACCUCUUCUUCCUGCAGGUCAAGAAGAAGAUCCUGGAAGAGGAGGUCUACUGUCCUCCAGAGGCUUCGGUGCUGCUGGCCUCUUACGCCGUCCAGGCCAAGUACGGUGAUUAUGACCCCAGUGUCCACAAACCAGGCUUCCUGGCCCAAGAGGAGCUUUUACCAAAGAGGGUGAUUAAUCUGUACCAGAUGACCGCCGAAAUGUGGGAGGAGAGGAUCACUGUGUGCUAUGCUGAACACAGAGGCAGGACCAGGGACGAGGCUGAGAUGGAGUAUCUGAAGAUAGCUCAGGAUCUGGAGAUGUAUGGGGUGAAUUACUUCUUUAUUAGGAAUAAGAAGGGAACUGAUCUGCUGCUGGGUGUUGAUGCCUUGGGCCUCCACAUUUACGACCCGGAGAACAAACUCACCCCCAAAAUCUCCUUCCCCUGGAACGAGAUCCGCAACAUCUCCUACAGCGACAGAGAGUUUGCAAUAAAGCCCUUGGAUAAGAAGGCAGAUGUCUUUAAAUUCAACUCUUCAAAGCUGCGGGUUAAUAAGCUGAUACUGCAGCUGUGUAUUGGGAACCAUGAUCUGUUCAUGAGGAGACGCAGAGUGGACUCUCUGGAGGUCCAGCAGAUGAAGGCACAGGCUAGAGAAGAGAAAGCCCGCAAACAGAUGGAGAGGCAGAGGCUGGAGAGGGAGAAGCACUUGCGAGAGGAGGCCGAGAGGGCUCGCGACGAGCUGGAGCGGAGGCUCAUUCAGUUGCAGGACGAAGCUCAUAUGGCCAAUGAAGCGCUGAUGCGUUCCGAGGAGACGGCUGAUCUUCUAGCGGAGAAAGCUCAGAUAGCCGAGGAGGAGGCCAAACUCCUGGCUCAGAAAGCAGCCGAGGCUGAGCAGGAGAUGCAGAGGAUUAAGGUGACGGCGAUUCGCAGCGAGGAGGAGAAGAGACUUAUUGAGCAGAAGAUGCUGGAGGCGGAGAUGCUCGCACUCAAAAUGGCUCAGGAAUCGGAGAGAAGAGCCAAGGAAGCAGAUCAGCUGAAGCAGGACCUGCAGGAGGCCCGGGAAUCAGAGCGCCGAGCAAAACAUAAGCUGCUGGAGAUCACCAGCAAAACGCCCUACUCGGCCCCCUCGCUCUCCCCCAGCGCUCUUCCUCCUGACCUCAGCUUCAGCACGGAGAACCUGAGCUUCGACUUCAAAGACACGGACAUGAAACGGCUGUCUAUGGAGAUCGAGAAGGAGAAGGUGGAGUACAUGGAGAAGAGUAAGCACCUGCAGGAACAGCUGAACGAGCUGAAGACCGAGAUCGAGUCUCUGAAGCUGAAGGAACGAGAGACUCAUCUGGACAUCCUGCAUAACGAGAACACGGAGAGAGGAACCAGCAAGCAGAGCAACUUCAAAAAGCUCACACUCCAGAGCACCAAAUCAAGAGUGGCCUUCUUCGAGGAGCUAUAACGAGUGUGUUAACGAGUGUACGUGAGAUAGGAGAUAAGUGUGUGUGUUUUUAUACUGUAUGUUGCAGUGAAGUUUUAGAAUGAAAUGACUGUGAAAAUUACCAGUUUUAAUCCUUUAUAAAUAUGAGUGAGUGUGUAUGUUUGAGUGUGAGUGACUGUGUGUGUGUGUGUGUGUGUGUGAUUGAACAUAAGAGAUACUGGCAAUAAAAUGACUUGAUUUUCUUUCUAAAUCACAUUCCUCUGGUCAACACUGACCAUUAAACUGGACUUAAUAAGCCCAUAAGCACCACAUCUUUAAUGUCCAAUGAAAAACAAGUAUCUCCUUUUUUGAUCAUUUUAAUUUGCUGCAUAUUUUUGAAUUUAUUAAUGAAGUGACCAACAAAAAUUCUCCAAAAUAUAGUAUAUUCUGUAGCCUUGACCCUUAAAGAAACACUGUUGGACCUAUUGUAUGAACUGUGAAGCAUAAUUAUGAAGGAAAACUCCUUUAUGAAGGAAAUGCUGCUUUCUACACUACCCUGCAUUCCGUAAAAAAAAAAACUGUAUUUCCGUUUUUUUUUUUGUUUUUGUUUUUUUGUAUCUUAAAGCUAUUUUCUUGAGUGAAGUGAAGUGACACUGUACUCUAUCUACAUUAGGCUCUAUUGGAUCUAUUUUGUAGCCACUAAAUUCAUCCAUAAAUAUGUUUUCGGGAGAAACGUUUUAUGGCGAUGCGGAUUUCAUUUCCCAGUUUUUUUUUUGUUUUUUUUUUUGCCUUUAAAAGUUAUUUUCUUUAAUGAAGCUCUAAUGGGAUUUUAUUUAGUUAUUAAAUUAGUUUAAUUAGUUAGUUAUUAAUUAGUUAUUAUUAGCCUGUAUUAACGCUUUGAGUUACUAUGGUAACUCAACUGGUGAAUGUAUUUUUUUUAGCCACUAAAUUCAUUCGUAAAAAUAUGUUUUUGGGGCUUAAAGCUAUUUUUUGAAUUAAGUGCACUGUACUCUAUAUUUUACAUUCUACAUUCGGCUUUUAAAUGCUGAAAUUGUGAUGUCACCACUAAUUGUAGCCACUAAUAUAAUCCGUAAAAAUAUGUUUUUGAGAAAAACAUUUUAUGGACAUUUUAUUUCAUUUUCCAGCAGGAUUUGCCGAAAGUACCAAUUGGUCGUAUAAAGUAUCUCGGAAGAAAAUGCUGCUUUUCUACACUACCCUGCAUUUCGUAAAACAAUCUGUAUUUCUGUUUUUUUUUUCUUUAAGCUAUUUUCUUGAAUGAAGUGCUCUGUAUUCUGUCUACAUUCGGCUCUUUUUGGAUUUUAUUAUUCUGUUUUAAACCUAUAUUAACGCUUUGAGUUACUAUGGUAACUCAACUGGUGAAAUGGUGAUGUCGCCACUAUUUUGUAGCCACUAAAUUCAUUCGUCCAAAAAAAAAAAAAAAAAAAAUGUUUUCUGGAUAAACUUUUUAUGGCGAUGAGGAUUUCAUUUUCCAGCAGGUCUUGGCACACUGCCCACACUGUCAAAAGUACCAUUAGGUCUUAUACAGUAUCUCUGAAAGAAAUGCUGCUUUCUACACUACCCUGCAUUCCGUUUUUUUUUUUUUUCUUCCUAAUUUUUACUAUCUACAUUCGGCUCUAUUGGGAUUUUAUUAGUCUGUAUUAAGCCUGUAUUAACGCUUUGAGUUACUAUGGUAACUCAACUGGUGAAUUUAUUAUGUCGGCACUAAUUUUUAGCCACUAAAUUAAUCCGUGAAGUUAUGCUUUCGAGAGAAACUUUUUAUGGAGAUGCAGAUUUCAUUUUCCAGCAGGACUUGAAAGAAAUGCUGCUUUUAACACUACCCCGCAUUCCGAAAAACAUAUUUCUUUUUAACAUAUAUUUUUUUUUUCUACUUUAUUUUCUUGAUUGAAGUGCACUGUACUCUAUCUACAUUUGGCUGUAUUGGGAUCUUAUUAUUCUGUACUAAACCUAUAUUAACGCCUUGAGUAGUAAUAGUAGUAACUCAACUGGUGAAAUUGUGACGUCGCCACUAAAUUCAUCCGUAAAAUUGUGUUGUUUUAGGUAGAAACUUUACAUACUGGGUGAGAAAUGAAGAUUUGAAAGCAUAUAAAUCUACCAAAGCCUCAAUCAGGAUGUUUUACAAGCAUUUUAAGUACACUUGUUACAAAAUCACUUCACUAACUAGUCGAUUAAUAGUUAGUUAAGACAUUACUUAACUACUUAAUAAUGUUUAUUACUGUAGUAAGUUUUGGUUAGAUAAUAUCACAAUAUACCAAAUUUACACUCUGUAUCGCCCACCCUCGCUACUACAGGUCAUAUAUGCACUACGCUUUAGGUCAGAUACUAGUAUCCACUGCUAGAGUUACUGUAAAAGUCCUGACGCCUGCAAAACUUUGGGAUUAUGAAGUUGUUGUUUUUUUAUAUAUUCUUCUCUUUUUUUUUUUGAAGUUUACAUUGUGUUUGAGAUGCUGUACGUUGAUACUUUAAAGAGUCUGUAUGUAUAUUUUUUGAGGAUAAUCUCUUUGUGCUGAGGAAUAAAUGACUUUAAACCCCCUAAA